UGAUUUUCAUUAGAUUGCUCUGAAAUCGUAAUUGGUACACGAAUAAUAAAUCAUACUGAAAUCAUAAGUAUUGCCGUCUCUUUGUGAAUAAAUUGCAUAUUGCAAAUAGUCGAACAGAGAAAGCAGACGAUUAUGGUGCACUUAUCAUAUGCAAUGAUGUCCCCGUGCUGUUGUCUACGACGGAUUACAUCAUGUAUUACUUGGAUGCUGUUCAUCAUUACGGCAAUCAAAUUUGUCGAAGGCAGCCAUUUUCGUGGAGGAAUUUUCAUGUGGAAACCAACUGCCAACGAAAACGAAGUCAUCAUUACAUUUCGUUUGGCUUGGAGACGUUCUUACAGCGCUGCGACUUGGUGUAACAAGACCACGGUCGCGGAGGGAAAUGUCAUCGCUAACUUUGGUUCCAUCAGCUGCAGUGACUGUUCUUCCGGUGGCACGAUUUCAAAUGUCGGGAUCGUCUGUACAGACUUUAGUGUGCAAGAAGACUGGAUACAAGGGGAGCGAAGCUUUAAUUACACUUUCCAAAACAAAAUUGCCCAGAUUGGGAGGGGGUUGGAUAUCGCUCUUGUCCGGUGGCGGAAGGUGGGAUAUGCGGACAACAGUCGACUUGAACCGGAGACGAGAUACCGGGCAAAUUAACUCAUCUCCAGUAUCCGCCAUGCCACCCAUUAUACGUCUACAACAUGGUUGUGAUCACAACAUCACCAUUCCAGUUUAUGAUAAACAAAAUGACACGGUCCGAUGUAGAUGGGCGGAGUCAAGCAAGGGGGAGUGUGGAGGUGUCUGCAAUUCCUUCCCGAAUGCAUUUCUCGACGAGAAAAGAUGCACGAUAUCAUACAUCGCCAAUAAUCAGACUGGAUGGUUUGCUGUCGCAAUUCAAAUCGAGGACUUCAGUCCCCUGAACUCCACCCAUCCAUUAAGCAGUGUUUCUCUUCAGUUCUUGGUGAACGUUUUUGCAUCGACUGUAUCGUGCCAAGAUAAACCAAAGUUCAUCCUGCCUACACGGUUGGACGGCGCAUGCGUCGGCAUCCCGGCCAGUUCCACAUGGACUGAACAACUCAUAACUCGGAGUGGAACUGAUGGCGUAAACAUAAAAGAAAUAACGACGGUAUCGCCGCCGGGUUUGAUGACCACAGAAAUACAGAAAUACGAAAGUUCAAACCGGGAAUCGUACGUUAAUACAACAUGGACUCCCCUGCCAAGCCAGACCGGUGAACACGCAUUUUGUUUCACUGCCAGUGACUCGGAUAGUCUGGUGUCAGAGAAAACCUGCAUUAGGCUUCUGGUUGGAGUGGAACCUCCACAAAUCCUUUCUUACACCCCAGUAGGAGACAUCUUGCCCACACAGAAGUAUUUCUACGUCCACUUCAAUAUGCAGUUUGUGAAACCAAGCCAAAGAGCCUUUGUGUAUUUUUACAAGAAAAACCACGACCUUGUGUCCAAACUAGACGUUUCUCAAAGCGAUCAAGCUAUUUACCCGCUGUAUGCUGCUAGUUCACAAAAUUGGGUUCUGAAAAUUGCGAAGAAUUUUGAACUAGAAGAAAAAGAAUACUAUUAUAUCAGACUAGAUCCAGGUGUCGCAAAAGGAGUUAUUGGGUGCGGUGCUGAGUCGGCUGCCCUGUGGGAUCCCAAUGACUGGACGUUUCGUGUCAGUAAUUUUUCAACUACCGAUGAGGCCCCCAGGCUGACGGUGGGGAUUACGCUUUCUCUGAGUGUCAUCAUCUCAACAGGAAUUCUGACAUUAGGAUGAUCAAUGGAUCUCUCGGGAAUACAAUAUAUUUGAGUUUCUUUUUAAUUAGCGAUAUUUAUCCGCCCCACCAUAAAGAUUUUCUCUGAGAGUUAAAUAUUCAGUGGCCCUCAUUGAACCUGGGUUGUUUUUUUUUUCCAUGGAAGAUAAUGCUAACUUUGAAACUGGGGUUCAAUGUUACUGGAGAAUAAUUCCCUUUCGUAUUCCUUGCCGCUUGCACUCUUUUCCAGUACAUAGACCUGGUGUUCCCUAUUUUGUAUGAUUUUUAACUUCGAAGGACAAGGACAUACACCUGGAGACCACUAUAGAGAACAUGGCUACGUUGCCAGAAGAUACUCUGCUGUAUGGAGUUCCCGUCUAAUGGGUCAUUCCUUCCUUUGUAUUUUGCUGUACAUACAUAUUAUCAGAAAUUCAUCGUCGCAAGCCACGCCUAUUGUCUCCGUUUAUACUACGUCAAAUGUAGGGUAGGAACUACCGGACUCAGUAACCGUGGCUAGCGACGAUGGCGGAAAUUAUGCUUCCCAAAUAUGUUUAUACUGUGUAUCUAUAUGUACCUGUAGUUUUGCAGUACUUCGAGAUUGACGAAGGUGUAGUAGAGGGUACCAAAUCGUGUAAUCUGGCUUGGAUUUGUCCAUGUGUAACUUUCUGUUCUGCUUCAUUGCGUUAGUGUGUUCAAUAUAUUUCUCUUGAAUUUCAUGUUUGAAUAAAGAAUGGUAUUAAU